UCAAGUCUCAGUGGUAGGGAAGGAGGAGCUGAGGGCGUCACGGCCGAGCGUGGAUGGCUUGGACCGUAGAUAGUGAGGAGGAAUGGAAAGUUGGGGUCGUUGCUGGCUGAGUAGAGCAGGGCGGCUCUGGGUUUCUUGCAAUGAGAUGGCGGGAGGCCGGAAGGUCAAUCGGCGCGCCUUAAGCCUGCAGGCAGCGCUCGGUAACCCCUGUAUUCUGCCUCUUCAAAUAGUUCAAGGAGGCUUGUUUAAGAAACAUAAAAUUCAGCUAACAUACAGUGCACGUACCAGUUUAGCUGAAGCAUGGAACAAAAUAUCCUUCACAGGCCAGCUAUUCAGCACUUCUCACACAACAGUGGAUCCGAAAGAGAUGAAGAAAUUCCAGCUCUUGGCACACAAAUGGUGGGAUGAGCAAGGAGAAUAUUCAGCCCUUCAUUCCAUGAAUGAUAUUAGAGUUCCAUUUAUUCGAGAUAUUGUUCUCAAUAUGAGAAAUGAUUGUCCUCUGGGAAGCCCUCUGUCUGGCAUGAAGAUCCUGGAUAUUGGUUGUGGUGGCGGACUGUUGACUGAGCCCCUAGGUAGGUUGGGAGCUUCAGUUACUGGCAUUGAUCCUUUGGAAGACAACAUCAGAACAGCGGAACUGCAUAAAUCAUUUGACCCGGUUCUAGCCAAGAGAAUACAGUAUAUAUCCUGUUCACUAGAAGAUCUUGUGGAAGAGACUUCGGAAACCUUUGACAUCAUUAUAGCUUCUGAAGUAGUAGAACAUGUGGCUGAUGUGGAAAUGUUUCUCAGGUGCUGCAGUGAAGUGUUAAAGCCUGAAGGCUCUAUAUUCAUAACUACAAUCAACAGAUCACAGUUGUCUUACAUCUUGGGCAUUGUGGUUGCUGAGAAAGUAUUGGGCAUUGUUCCGGCAGGCACCCAUGAGUGGGAGAAAUUCAUAGCUCCUGAAGAGCUGGAGCGGAUCCUAGAAUCAAAUGGUUUUUCAGUCAAGACAGUGAAAGGAAUGUUGUACAACCCUCUCCUUGGAUCCUGGAGCUGGAUUAGAAGCACUAGCAUUAACUAUGCCCUCCAUGCUGUGAAAUCCUGUGCACAGGAACAGUCAGGUCCAAGUGAACCACCUCUGGAGACACACAAAGCACAGCUCCAAACUGAAGCUAGUAUUGGAAGUGGUUGUUGAGACAGGUGGCAUGUUGGAAGUUGGAGGAAGAGUUGCAUAAAACAGCCGUAAUAAUAAACAAGCAAAGAAAGAAAUGCCUUGUGUUUAUAAUGCUGGAUGUCAAAAUGUGUCUGCCAGCCUGUUCCAGAGCAGUCUGGAAGGAGAAGAAUUGUUCUUUCUUUGCAGUAACAAAUGAACAAAGCACAUUUGGGUUAUCUUGGAUAAGAAAUCAAUUGUGUACCUACUGGUCAGGUAUUUGGAGAAGUUGCUAGAAGAGACUGGCUGUUCAUGGACUGGUUGUUUUUAAAUAAAAUGUGUGCUGCCAGGUUUUUAAAGAAUAAUCUUUUAUGUUAUGAAAGAGCUUUUUGGAAGUUCUGGCAUAAAAUGCAAUAAUUUAUAUCAGCAUAUGUCACUCAUCCAAAUUCACCAGCUUCUCUAUUAUUUAAACAUGGGUUGGGGGCAAAACCUCUUAUUUCUCACAUGGCAUUAAUUCUGCACUUCACCACUGAAUAUAGUAGCAUAGCUAAAUGCUUGGCUCAAUGUAAGAAUUGGACUUUAGGGUGCAGAUGAAAUCAGAGCUGUUUAACGUGCACAUUCUCCUUUCAUUGUCAUGUAAAUAGGAGUAUAUUAUAUUUACCUGAAAAGACUACCCCUAAUAUUUGAUCACAUCCCCCAGGGCCGGUGUCAGGCUUUUUUGCACCCUAGGCAAGGCUAACUACUUGCCCCCC